AGGUUCUGCUUAGGCAUACCCUCCCGCACCAAUGGUGCAGCGGGACCUGUUCCGAGAGCGAAUCUAGAACUUGGAAAUUGCGGGAGGCGAUGUCGGAUGGCUUCGUCACAGUGGGGCAGUGCAUCGAGGGCCUGCCAAUUGGCAUCUUCGUCUGGGAGAUGCUGCUCUGCGCUUUCAUGGGAAUCUUUUGGCUCGGCGCGCUGAAUGAGCCGACGCCUUUUGCGCUGGGGAUCAUUUCGACUGAUUGGGCAUACAGUGAACUGACGGUCAACGCCGUACUGGCCGCCAUGAGCGUCGGCAACGCGGUCUCCCUGGUGCUUGCCGGAUGGCUGGCAGAUAGGUACGGGCGCGCGAGGAUGAUUCGGCAUCAACUCUUUGCGACAAUGGCCGUGGCCGUCUUCAUCCAGGGCGAGAAAACCUUCAGACAGACACUCUGGUCUCGCUUUCUUUUAGGCGUUUCUUCCGGCGGCCUGCUUGCAGCCAUCAUUCCCCUGGUCUCUGAGAUGCUGCCGGCACGAAAUCGGGGCUUCUACCUCACGGUCUGGUGCUGUGGCAGGCCAGCAGGCGCGCUCUUUGCAGUGAUUGUUGGCUGCAUCCUGCCGCACUUGGAAUGGACAAGCUUUGUUUUGAUGAUGAUGGUCCCGGCGGUGAUCCUUUAUGUUUUAUGCAGACUUGAUGUGAUGCCGGAGUCCCCGCGCUUCUUGUACUUGGUCGGCGAGAGGGAGGAAGGCUUCUACACCUUGUUGGAGAUCUAUGAUAAGGAGAUGAUGUGCCUUCCUUGGGGUCCAGAGUCCGUGUCGCUUACCACGUCGUCGGAAGACUUGAGCGACACGAAAGCCGGCAUGGAGACUUUGCCGCGGUCCGAUGCUGCAGUUACCGCUUUGCUUUGUCUCACGGUUUUCUUCGCCGACUGCGCGUCGCAGUGCAUGAAGGCCUGGGUUCCGUUGACCAACAUGGGCGCACAGCCGAAUCCGCUGGCUCUUAUUGCUUUCCCCUUCCUGCAGGUGAACUCGCAGCAGGGUCUGGCUUUGCUUCAGGGCACGCCAGACCGGCAUCAAGUGAUGAUUGUAGCUCAGGGCUACAUGCUUGAGAUUUGUGGCGUGAUAUUCUGUGCUGCCAUAUCCACCGUGCUCAGCCGUCGCUGGCUCAUCCGAAUUGCCCUCUUCCUGGCUGCGUGCUUGAGCUUUGCGUCCGUCUUCGCCGAGAGGCAUAGCCUGUGGUUCACUGCCGGGCCACUCUACGGUGCGGCACUUGUUGCUCAAUCUGCUGCCUUCAACUUCCUCCUGGUUUAUACCUGCGAGAAGUUCCCCACCGCGACCAGGGCCAGUGCAGUUGGGCUUGUGCUCUUUUUUGGACAGGUUGCCAAAUUGUUCAUGCCGGCCAUGGGCAUCCUUCUUUUGAGACGAAUGUCGGAGUUUGCCGUGGUGCUCACAUUCAACAGCCUGUAUCUCAUUGCCUGCGCAUUGGCCUUUCAGCUCCCUUUGCCAGCUUAUCGCGAGCGAUCGCUCCAUGAUAUUGACGAAAAGGGAGGCAGAGACUCACAGAGAACACGAAAGCGGCUUGGAGUGACCUACCAGACGGUCUAGAUUGCACUGCCUGCCCGGACAUGAAUCACAGGACA